AUACCCAAAGCGGAGCCUAAGCCAAACAGCCAAAGCAAGAUUUUAAUAUAGAGGGUGGUAGGGUUUUCUAAACUUCUUCUUCUUUCUUGUUGUGUACUAGGUCUCCCUUUUCUUUCAUCUUCUCCUUCAAAUCUUCAACACCUUUUCUAAAUCUUUAUCUGCAGUUUGUUCUUCUUCGUCCAUGGCGUCUAAUUCUCAGAAAGAUAACACCGAUACUACUGAGAAAUCAGUUCUACCGGAGAGCAACAACGAUAAUGAAACAUCCUCUGCUGAGGCUGGAGCUGGAUUUCCUGGCAACCCUUUUGAUCUCUCUGCUAUGUCUAGCCUUCUUAAUGACCCAAGUAUAAAGGAAUUAGCUGAGCAGAUAGCCAAAGAUCCUGCUUUCAACCAAAUGGCGGAGCAGCUCCAAAAGAGUGUUCAUGGUGCUGGCGAUGAGGGUGUUCCUCAGUUUGAUACACAACAGUAUUACACGACCAUGCAGCAGGUUAUGCAAAAUCCUCAAUUCAUGACUAUGGCUGAGCGCCUUGGUAAUGCUUUAAUACAGGAUCCAUCUACAUCCUCCAUAUUGGAGAACUUGACAAAUCCAGUGCGGAAAGAAGAACUUGAAGAAAGAAUGUCAAAAAUCAAGGAUGAUCCGUCUUUGAAACAUAUUAUAGACGAGAUCGAGAGUGGCGGUCCAGCUGCAAUGAUGAGGUACUGGAAUGAUCCUGAGGUUCUACAGAAGUUAGGGCAGGCUAUGGGUCUUGGAGCGGAUGCUGCCAAUUCAGCUCCACUUGAUACACCAGCUGAUGACGCAGAAGAUGAAACUGCCAAUGAGGACGAGUCGGUUGUUCACCACACUGCCAGUGUUGGUGAUGUUGAGGGUUUGAAGAAUGCACUUGCAUCUGGAUCUGAUAAAGAUGAAGAAGAUUCUGAGGGUAGGACAGCCUUGCAUUUUGCAUGCGGAUAUGGUGAGGUGAAGUGUGCUCAGGUCCUGCUCGAAGCUGGAGCAGCAGUGGAUGCUUUGGAUAAGAACAAAAAUACUGCCCUUCAUUAUGCUGCUGGUUAUGGAAGGAAGGAGUGUGUAGCACUCCUAUUGGAUAACGGCGCUGCUGUCACUCUCCAGAAUUUAGAUGGCAAGACACCAAUUGAUGUUGCCAAGCUGAACAACCAGCAGGAUGUCCUGAAGCUGCUAGAAAAGGAUGCAUUUGUUUAAACAUCGUUGCUGGUAGUACCUUCUUAAAUACCUUCUUGUGGUGAAUGAACCAUUAUACUUUUGAUCACACAGUGAAAUGGUUGUCAUUGCUGUUCCGUCUAUUCAUUUCUACUUUUUACUGUUAAUUUACUUGUUUUCUUGCUGCUUUAGUUGUGUAAACCUUAUUUUUCUAUGUAAUGACACUUCACUGGAGCUGGGAUCUUCCUAUAGCGUAAUGCUGUGUCCAAAUUUGUUAUUAUUGCCCUCAAUCUUGAUUCAAUGAAGCUUGGGGUUACACUAAUUCUGUGUA